AUGGAAUUACAAACUUUGGCCAACAACAACAAUGUUGUCGAGGACCACAAGAAGACGGAAGAGUUAGUCGAGCAGAAAGGUGAAGCACAGCCACGUUACUCGCCGAUUGUGAAAGGGAUUGGUCAUGUCUAUCGACUCGAAAACAAGGAAUGGAUCGAUCUCACGCAAGAGGCGAUUCCGAUAUUCAUUUUCUACGAUAACCAACAAAAAGAAGACCAGUACAAGAUGCUCGCAUAUGCUGGAACUCAGCCGGUUCUUCCAAUGACUUCUCUAAGCGCAAAUUGGAAAUUCGCAUGUGCCAGCCAAAAAUUCAUCUCACUUAACACUGGAGAACGGACUUUUGGAUUUGGGUUCAAUCAUCCAAAAGACGCAAAAGCGUUUGCGAUGCAAUUAGCAGCUGUUUACUCGGUUAUGCAAGGAAACGAGGCAGUGGAAGAAAAGCUAAAGGAACGACUUGCUGAUGUGGCAGUUAGCAAAAUCCAAGCUGCACUUGUCAAUCAAGAAUGUUUUGAUCGAACUGCCAUCAAUUUGCUGGCCGGAUACAGAGAUCAUUUCAAGCAAGGUCUAAUGGCGCAGGAACAACAACGACACAUGAGAGAAAGCAAGCAAGGAUAUCCUGGGGAGCAGAUCAAUGUUUUCAACAAUCAAAACAAAGGAUUCGAACAAAGUGGAAUCUAUCGCGAACAUGUGCCGCCUAAUCUUAUGUUAUCACAACGUCGACACAGCUACAGUGAUAUACCGCAUCAAAACAUUGGAAGCGGAGGAGGGGCCAUGAACAUUCAAUCACCUCGCUCAUUUACACAAAUGGAUACCAUACAUGAGUCGCAACAAGGAAUCGGCCGCUCUCGUCUGCAAAGCUUGCCUACAAAAGGACAAUUUGAGUAUGGACCUGGAUUACUCGCAAGAAGGGAUCUUGCCAGACCACCAUAUGCUGUUUCAACGAUCUCUGAUUUGGCACAAGCUUCGUUGUCAUCACCAGCGGUUGUCACUAGUGGGGAUGCUGUGCCCGAUUUGCAACGCCAGCAGCUACACAUCAUGAAUGCCAUACAGCAAGGCUAUGGAAUGCAAGAGUUGUUUUCCUCACCAUCACCAAGUAUUCAAUCAACAAUCAAUAAUGGCCGUUCAAAGAGCAGCUUGGGAACUACCACUACGGGUAGUAGAUACAACUUCUCGCCUUCGCUAUCUUCUGACGUUUUUGCAAGUAACCAACCUACGGAUAGUCAUGCUUCAAGGUUCAAGUAUUCUCAGGGUCUUGGAUCGCCUUAUUCACCGUCACUCUCGUCGGAGGCUUCUUCAAAUCCGUACUUGAGCGCUCAGAUGCGCCAUCUCAACAAUAUGGAGCAUAUCGGAUCGCCAGCUUCUCCAUCACUCUCAUCCGAAGCUCUUCUUAGUCCAUUCUCACCGGUGCCACAACACAAGUUCGAUGAAGAUCAUAUUUCAAGUUUUGAUCGAUUGUCGAUGAAUACUCAAUCAAUCGGGGCUCAUCAAGUGCCCAAGAGACCAUCGUUGGAUGAACUGAUGACUGCUUUUGAGCCGCUUGGAAUUGACAACUCGAGCUUUGGACAUCCAAUGAAGAAGAACAACCAU